AUGCCGUCUCAAGUUCUGGAGCCGAGCUGCUGCUCUGGGCUGGGGUGUGGAGGACCGCGGAUGCAGUUACAGCCGGGUAACUGGGCUGGAGACACCAGAGAUGGACGUUUUCUGCGAUGGCACAAAGACAGACCAUGUAGAAAGGCUAAAAACAAUGAAACACUGUUUAAAAAGACUUCAAAUCUUAUUAGGUUAAUCUCGAUUGUUUCACUGAUUUCCAAACUUGUAAGCACAGCUGUAGAUGCAGGACUGAUGCCAUCUGGUGCGAUUCCACAGAAUAAGAGAGAAAAUUUACCCAGGGUGUGCCAUGCACUGGCUUUUCUGGGAAUGACAAGGUGCCAGGAUUUGUUUUUGGUUCACUUGCAGGGGUGGAAACUUGGAACUAGGUUCCAAAGUGGUUGUUACAGUUCCCCUCAAGAAGAUGGAGGAAACCCAAAGGAAAAACAGAGCACACCAGUUUGAGUCCACUUCUGUUUAAAGAGCUUUCGGCAGCCCAGCAACUUUUGCUUACAUCUCAUUGGCCAGACUGUGUCAUUGGCUCCUGCUAUGUCUUAA